UAUUCUUUGAAAUAACUGUGUUAAGGAAAGAAAUUAUUCUCUGUAGCAUAUGAACUUCAUGUAAGCUUGUAUCUUUCUCAUUUAAAACAAAGAAUGAAAGAAAGGAAUUAGCCCAUUAAUUAUUUAAAAUACAUGGUGCAACUGUUCCUAUGAAUUAAUCCAAGGCACUUGGAAGACAAUUACACUCUGUGUUAAUAACAUUGCCAGGCUUUUCCAGUAUGCUGCCCUCCGAAGAGUACUGUGACUUUGUUGACAACGUUCACUAUUACAUAUGCAUAUGGAAAACAGGCAUUUUCAUCAGAAUUACCGUAAUAGCAUUAAGAGAUUAUUACUUUUUCCAGUUUCAUUGGAAGAACAUUCGCUAAAUCAGAUUAUUGUUUACUUGACUGCUCUUCUCUCUGUCCUGUACAUUUAGGUAACUAGAACCCUGGAAAAUAUAAACUUCAGGAUAAAAACAUGAUUUUAUACAUUAGUGAUCUCAAAUAAAAGAGGAGUGCUACCUUCGUGCAUCACUUCUUUCAACAAAGUUAAGUCUGCAUUCUGCUUAGGAGAGAUAACACUUUUUGUCCCUGUAGGUGGCCCCCUGGUGUAGCCAUUAGUUGCUAAUUACUUGCAAACAAAUAAACAAUUAACUCCUUAAGCUGCUGGCUGGGCAAGUGUUCAUUGACUUGCUAAAACUUUCUAAAACAGGAUUUUAAUUAGUGACGUGCAAAACCCAGCCCCCUAGUCAACAAAGCUAUAAGGUGAACUGCUGGCAGGUCCCAGCUCUGCACACGUGAGGCAGGAGCCCUCCAGCUCUGGGCGACACAGAAGAGGAUGUCUCCCAGCCUUCGGGAAGGUGCUCAGCUCCAGAAAAGCAAACCCUCAUCCUGCUCCUUCUCAAUUGAGAGCAUUUUAGGACUGGACCAGAAAAAAGAUUGUGGACCGUCAACAAGACCCCACAGACCGUGGGCAGACACCUGCAGCGACUCAGAGAAAUGCGGCAACUCAUGCCUACAUGCCCCAGAUCUUCCCAGUGAGCUCUCAUUUCCUUGUCCCGUGGAUCACCCAAUGCCAGAAGAAGGGGCUUCGAAAUAUGAAAAUUAUUUUUCAGCCUCAGAAACACUCUCUUUGAAAAGAGAGUUGAGCUGGUACAGAGGACGAAGGCCAAGAACUGCUUUUACCCAAAAUCAGGUUGAAGUGUUGGAAAAUGUCUUCAGAGUGAACUGCUAUCCUGGCAUUGACAUCAGAGAAGACUUAGCUCAAAAGCUGAAUCUAGAGGAAGACAGAAUCCAGAUUUGGUUCCAAAAUCGUCGGGCAAAGCUGAAAAGGGCCCGUAGAGAAUCACAGUUUCUAAUGGCGAAAAAACCCUUCAACACAGAUCUUCUGAAAUAGUUUUUUAAAGUACACAUGUGAGAUCCUCUUCCAGUUGCGGAACACAAGGAAUCAAUAGAAUCCCAAGUAUUUAAAGUGUUACUGUCUCUUUCCUGUACCUAAUGAAUAUUGUCAUGCUUUCUGAAAAUAUUACAAAUAAUUAUGAUUCUAGCAUAGUACAUAUUAUAUCUGGAGAUUUUUAGUUAUAAUAAAUAAAACCUUUCCUAUAUAUUUUAAUAAAAAUUUUUAAGAAAUGA